AGGGUGUUGUAGAGGCUGAGGUGGAUCGCGGGGCCUGGAAAACACACGGAGUUGGAAGAUGGAAGCUUGGCGCUACGUGAGGAGAGGCUACGGCCGCUGUGUGGUGGGGAGAGGCCGAUACCCCAUGUUUCCCCAUCACCCGAAGAGUGUGGGCAGAGACUGGACCACACCAUGGGAGAAUCUACAAAAAUGUUGCUGGAACAGACAUUUUUCUAGUUGUAUGAGGUGGCCUGGACAUUAUUCUCGUGUUCCAUAUCCAUACUUGAGUAGUAGGCAUUUUUCACUAAAAUGGAGACCACCUUGUUUGUUUGAGUCUAGGACUCAGUAUCAGUAUUAUAAUUGGAGACCUGAUCACCUGACCCAGACAUCCUGGAUUCAUCUCUCUAGUUCCAUCAUGAACUCUGAGGGAGAUGAGCCUUCAUCCAAACGAAGAAGACACCAAGGCACAAUAAAAAGGAAUUGGGAAUAUAUUUGUAACCGUAAUAAAGAAAAAUCGGACAUCCUGGGAGAUAAAAAUGUUGACCCCAAAUGUGAAGACAGUGAGAACAAGUUUGACUUUUCAGUGAUGUCCUAUAAUAUACUUUCACAAGAUUUAUUGGAAGAUAAUUCUCACCUUUACAGACACUGUCGACGGCCAGUGUUACAUUGGAGUUUUAGGUUUCCCAACAUUCUGAAAGAAAUUAAACACUUUGAUGCAGAUGUUCUUUGUUUGCAAGAAGUUCAAGAAGACCAUUAUGGAACAGAAAUCAGGCCAAGUUUGGAGUCACUGGGUUAUCAUUGUGAAUAUAAGAUGCGGACAGGAAGGAAACCUGAUGGCUGUGCCAUUUGCUUCAAACACUCCAAAUUUUCACUUUUAUCAGUGAAUCCAGUGGAAUUCUACCGCCCUGAUAUUCCUCUAUUGGACAGAGAUAAUAUAGGAUUAGUUUUACUCCUACAGCCUAAAAUUCCAUGUGCCUCCACUUCUUCCAUCUGUGUAGCUAAUACACAUCUAUUGUAUAAUCCAAGGCGAGGUGAUAUUAAGCUGACCCAGUUGGCGAUGCUGUUGGCAGAAAUUUCCAGUGUUGCCCAUCAAAAAGAUGGCAGCUUCUGUCCUGUUGUUAUGUGUGGUGACUUUAAUUCUGUUCCUGGUUCUCCACUCUAUAGUUUCAUAAAAGAAGGGAAAUUGAACUAUGAAGGACUUGCCAUAGGAAAGGUAUCUGGCCAGGAACAGUCUUCACGGGGACAAAGAAUUUUAUCUAUGCCCAUUUGGCCCCCAAACCUAGGUAUCUCACAGAGCUGUGUGUAUGAGGUACAGCAGGUGUCAAAAGUAGAAAAGACAGAUGGUGAUGUGACUCAAGCACAGCUGGGGGAAACUGACGUCCUGGUAACAGCUGAAAAAGUAUCUUCACAUUUGCAGCACCAUUUCAGCUUGUCAUCUGUUUAUUCACAUUACUUUCCUGACACUGGAAUUCCAGAAGUAACAACCUGUCAUUCUCGAAGUGCCAUAACUGUAGAUUACAUUUUUUAUUCUUCAGAAAAGGAAGUCACUGCUGAGCAGCCAGGAGCUGAAACUUCUUUGAUUGGUGGCUUGAAACUUCUAGGUAGACUGUCACUUCUCACAGAACAAGACUUAUGGACUGUAAAUGGACUUCCCAAUGAAAAUAACUCCUCAGAUCAUCUGCCUUUAUUGGCUAAGUUCAGACUUGAGCUCUGAUUCUGCUUUAUCAUUUUCUUUUAAAUUUAGUUCAAAGAAUGAAAAGCUCUUAAGUGUUUGCAUGUUUAUUUUUGUGCUAUGGGUUUUCUGAAGAAGUUGUGUUAAAUGCUUGAAACAUAUCAGAAGAAACAAGUUUACAGUAUUUUUUUCAAUAAUGAAAAAAUAUUUUUACUAAUAGUUGAAAUCUAAAUACUCUUUAUUAUCAAAGAGAUUAAAUAUUUUUAUUCUGAAUCCUAGUAAUGUUGAUAACAGCAUUUCAAUGUGGUGAAUCUUCUUUAGCCCUCUGGGUAAAGAAGUUUACUUCAUGUUUUUGGGAAGCUUUAUAAAGGAUCCAAAGUACCUGAGUUUUUGCAAGCCACAGUAGGUUCCUUUUCAGAAGGCCUGAUUUCAUUGGGAGAACCCUAUGUUUAGAGUUCUCAUUCAUUCAUCUCAGAAAUUAGGUCAUCCAUAGGUAUCCAUCUUUAAGUUUUGAAGGGCUUGAUAAUGCUUUUAAGUUUAAAAAAACUGUUUAAUCCAUCUUUUUACUGUCCCGAGCCUUGUUAUGUGUCUAGAAUUUGUUGGUAAGAAAACAAGGUACUGCUGGGCGCUAGUGGCUCACGCCUGUAAUUCUAGCUACUCAAGAGGCUGAGAUCUGAGGAUCACGG